AUGCCAAAAGCCCAAGGAUAUUUUGAAAAUACUUUCUCUAUCAAUCGAGAAAUAAUUGAAUAUAAUGGUUUAAAUAAACCAGACCAAGAAAAAUUAGAAGGAAAUUUAGACCUCAAAGAAUUUAAAAAGUUAAAAAAAUUGGAUAUUCAGGGUAAUAAAAUUACUUCUAUUAAUCUUUCUAACUGUCCUAAUUUGGACUAUUUAGAUUUAGGUGGUAAUCCUUUAACCAAUAUUAAUUUAACUAAGAAUAAUAAAUUGAAAAAAAUUAAUUUUGAGAACUGCCCUAUUAAUCAAAAUUUAAGCAUUUUUUCUCAUUUAAAAAAUUUGGAACACUUAACCAUUAAUAAAACUUCUUUCUUCGGCACCUUAAAAACCUUGUCAGAUAGUAAAUUAAUUGAUUUAAGAGUAAAAGAGUGUUCUAAAAUUGAAGGAGGUUGGGAGUUUUUGCCGACUACUUUAAAAAAGAUAGAAAAAGACCGAGAUAAUUUGUUUGGAAAUUUACGUGAUUACCAAAAUAAUUUUCCGGCUUGGCGAAAAGACCAUGACUUUUUACUUAGCCGAAUUAGUAAAUUAGAGCAGCAAUUAAUCGAACAGGAAAAAAUAACUAAUAAAGUAUUAAAAGAAAAGGAACAACAAGAAAAACAAUUAGCAAGCGAAAAGGAAACUUUUCUCACUACUGCUGGUAAACUUAACAACUAUAUUUCCCAACUCGAAGAAAAAUUAGCCCAAACUUCAAUCAAUAAGCAGGAAGCAAAAAUAGAAAUUCCUCCUAAAAAAUAA